GGCGGUGACGUCACGGGCCGGGCGGCCGCCGCGCUUUACGGCGGUGUCGCGCUGCGAGGGGCUGAGGCGGGGGGCCCGGAGGUCUCUGUCACCUCCUUGUCCCCUCUCCCGGGGAUGGCCACGUACGUGAGCGAGCUGGAGGCGGCCAAGAAGAGCCUGAGCGAGGCUCUGGGCGAGAACGUGAAGCAGUACUGGGCGAACUUGAAGCUGUGGUUCAAGCAAAAGAUCAGCAAGGAGGAGUUUGACCUGGAGGCACGCAGGCUUCUCACGCAAGACAAUGUCCACUCACACAAUGAUUUCCUCCUGGCUAUCCUGACCAGAUGCCAGAUUUUGGUUUCAGCACCAGAAGGUUCAGGAUCUCUCCCAUGGCCAGGUGGCUCUGCAACUAAACCUGGAAAACCCAAAGGAAAGAAAAAGAUUUCUUCAGUUCGACAGAAAUUUGAUCACCGGUUCCAGCCUCAGAACCCACUCUCAGGAGCCCAGCAGUUUGUGGCAAAGGAUCCCCAGGAGGAUGAUGAUCUGAAGCUGUGUUCUCACACCAUGAUGCUUCCUACACGUGGCCAGCUGGAGGGAAGGAUGAUUGUCACUGCUUAUGAGCACGGGCUGGACAAUGUCACCGAGGAGGCAGUGACUGCAGUUGUUUAUGCUGUGGAGAACCACCUUAAGGAUAUCCUGACAUCUGUGAUCUCCAGGAGGAAAGCGUAUCGCCUGCGGGAUGGCCACUUCAAGUAUGCCUUUGGCAGCAACAUCAACCCUCAGCCAUACCUGAAGAACAGUGUUGUUGCUUAUAACAACUUAAUUGAGUGCCCUCCAAGUGGUGUGGUACCAUCUGCUGGGCAGGGUCUGGCUCCCCAGCCCCCCCCUGAUGAUGCUGAGCAGCAGGCAGCUUUGCUCCUGGCCUGCUCUGGGGACACCUUGCCAGCAUCCCUGCCUCCUGUGAACAUGUAUGACCUUUUUGAGGCACUGCAGGUGCACAAAGAAAUCAUUCCUGCACACACUGUUUAUGCUCUGAACAUUGAGAGAAUUGUCAUGAAGCUCUGGCAUCCAAACCAUGAGGAGCUGCAGCAGGAUAAAAUCCAUCGUCAGCGCCUGGCAGCCAAGGAGGGCCUUCUGCUCUGCUAGGGCUUGACAGCUCUGCCAGGCCUCAGGUAGCCCCAGGGCUGUCCCUUGGACUUGCUGUUCAGAUGCUGCUGACAAAUUUUGUCAGCAUUUGAUGGAUGAUGUAAGUUACAAGCCAGCAUUUCCUAUGGAAAUAAGACUGGAAGGCUUUCUCUGCUUCCCCAGAGCCACGGAGUGCCUGCUGCCAUCCCACUGAACUGGGAAGGAGAAAGGAGGGGUUUGUUUGCAAAGACUUUUCUAGGGAAACUGAGGGUGGAAAGAAUUGGUUUUAAAUAGGGUGCAUUUGUGGUUUUUCUUUAUGAGCAUGGGAGUCAAACUCUCCACCCUCCCUUCUGAGCUCAGUUUCCAGGGGCCUCGUUCAACUUCUGGUGCAGCUGGUGGGAUCUUUUCCAUUCAUUUAACUGGAAACAGGCUGGACUCUUGUGAAGAUGGACUCUUCUGUAGGCUGAUGUUGUUCCUCUUCAACCAGGCAAACCAUUGAUUAGAGACCCUAAAUGCAAACAAGGCAAAGAGGGACAGACCCUUUCCAGCCUGCCUUUAGAACUGUUUUGUAUCACUACAUAUGAAGUCAGAGGAAUCUCUUGCCACUUAGCAAAACAGGUAAUAAAAUCAGGGUUGUGAGUACUGUUUUUCUCUCAGCCUAGUCCUUGACUCACCCUUGUUGUCACAGCUGUGUUUGGAUGUCACAGGAGUUGUUGGACCUGUGACAGCACCAAGUGUUGCUUACUUUGUCAUACAAAAUAAGCAGCCACACAUGGGGCAGAUUGCUGUGUUUCAGGUACUCUGCUGCCUUCCUGAGUCAGCACUGAGCUCCUCAGACACUGAAGAGACACAAGAAUGCCAUUAAUAUAUUUUAAUUACUGUAUUACCUCGUAUGGAGGGACCUGCUGAAGGGUGACUUGGUGUAGUGUGUGUCCAGACAGUGGAACUGAAACUGUUUCCUCUGGGGGAAUAUGAAAGGGGAAGCUCAUGGUUCCUUUCCAUUCUGGUUUUCCUCUGUUGGGGAAAUAUUGGGAUAGGAGAGCUGUCACCUUUCUUUCCCCUUUCCUCUGGAGUUUCCUUCUCUCCUCUGCCCCCAGGAUGCAGGUCCCUGGGGUUUCUCAAGUACUCAAUCCCAACUGUGUGGCUGUAGCCAGGAAGUCAGGCAGGGACGAGCAAGUCCCUGGGGUUGUGGUGUUUGGUUACCAUUAAAAACUAUUGUUUCCAUUUGAAUUUCUGAAAGCAGUUUCCAGUUGGUGGCUUUUGUUAUGUCUUUGUUCAACUUGAAAGCUCCCCCAAUCAGAUAUCUGUUUUUCUGUGACAGCCACUUCUGAAACUCAGGUG